CACAAAUGACUUGAUUUUGAUUGUAAAUCGGCAUUUCGGCAACACUGCACAGCUAGUUAUUCUGUUCUGUCAAUUAAACAACACUAAUGUUUGUUUUCUAAUAAAAAAAUAAGUUUUUGUUUGUGUAUAAUUUCGCCACAGAAAUUAUAAUAAAAACAAAAUAAUACUCAAAUCAAUUCUUCUUCGAGUACUAUAAGAUUUUAAAGAUAAACGUAAUCGUGUUCGAAAAUGAAUAUUUUUUUUAAGCUGCGUCCUGUGUCUUACAAAUUUUUUCAAAGAAUAUUAAAUCACGGCAAAAUAAAUAUUACAAGUAAUGCUAAGAUAAUACAUCAGGAUAUUAGUUUACCUAAUAAAAUAAUAAUGUUAUCUACGACAUUAUCUUUUAUGUUAUGGCCAAUUAAAAGUAAAGAUCCUGCCGAAAAAUGCGCUCCUGAACAUGUUCUGCCUAUAGAUGAUGCGGAUAAAUUAUUUGAAAAUGGCCACUAUGAAGAAUGCUAUAAAUUACUAGCAGAGUUUCAGGACAAAGGUAAUGUAGAAGUUCAAUGGCGAAUAUGUCGAGCCUUAUAUAACAUGUCAAAGGAAUCUAAAUACGACAAGCAAUACAAAAACAAUCUUGUUUGCCAAGCUUAUGAUUUAAUAUUGAAAGUAUUAAAUGAUACUCAAGACCAUUACGCUGUACACAAGUGGUAUGCUUUACUGUUGGAUGCUAAAAGUUCACUAGAUGGCAUCAAAGAGCGAAUAAGACAAUUAGAAAAUGUGAAAAGGCAUAUGGAUAUGGCAGUAACAUUAAAUCCUAAUGAUGCUACAAUUUUGCAUAUGCUUGGUGAAUGGUGUUACCAAAUUGCCGAAAUGCCCUGGCACCACAGAAAAAUAGCUGAAGUUUUAUUUGCUUCCCCGCCUUAUUCAACAUAUGAAGAAGCAUUAGAAUACUUCUUAAAAGCGGAAGCAGUUCAGCCGAGAUUUUACAGUAUCAAUUUGUUAAGACUCGGGAAUUGCUAUCUAAAAUUAAAAAAAGAAGAUCAAGCUAAAUAUUACUUGCAGCUAGCUGCAAGUUAUCCAGCUAAAUCAAAUGAUGACCACAAAGCUAAUACUGAAGCAGCGGAAUUGUUAAAAAAACUUAAAUAGGCUGUUUGUUUUACUGUUUGUUAUUAGUUAUUUAUAAGAAUAUUUUAUUUACAAUAUAAACAUUUCCAUGACGUUUUUUUGUAAUAUAGGUAGGUACUUAUUUUAUAUUAAUAGAAUCUUGAAGCUUAAUAACUGUGCUAUUUGUGAUAAUUUUUAAAAUAACCUAUGAAUAUAGGAAACCACAGACAUGAGAAUGUACCUAAUAUUAAAUAUUGAUACUAAAUACCUGUAUAAUAUUGAUUGAUGAUUUAUAUUUCUAGUUUAAUUAGUUAUUUUAUUUUAAGUCCAUAAUUUAUUUAAUUUUAUACUGUAUUUAAUAAUCCAGAUAUUAAAACUAUGACGCUUUCAUACUUUUUUAAAAUUAUGUCCUGUAGGCUUUGAUUAAAACUAUAUGUCUAAUUAGACUGCCUCGUUGGCCGAGUGGUCGCAAGUGCGACUGCCGGGCAAGGGGUUGGGUUGGGUUUUUAAAAAAUCUCAGUAGUAGCACGGAGUCUGGAAUUAAUGUGCCCAGUAGGUACAUGGCAAUGGGCUCACCCCCUAUUACAUGGGACUCGUUACAUAAAUAGUGAAAAGUGGGUGUUACAUUGUACAGUGGCAUAAGUGCCGUAAUGUGCCUACACCUUCGGGGAUAACAAGGAGUGAUGUAUAGCUUCACCAUACAAUAGCAACUAAAAUCAAAAAUGACGUUCCAAAAUUUCUUGAAUGUUUGCGUGCGGCUUGUG